AUGCAGUUCAGGGGAAAUUCAAGGAAUGUCAGCGGAUCGUCAAGACGCGCCCUGGAUCGACUGAAGGAGAGCAGCGCAGCUGAGUUGUUUUACAACGCAAAAAUACAGCAAUUGGCCCAGAACAUACAGGACCUCGAAGUUAUUGUGCAACGCAAAACUGCCAAUGUGAGAAGUGUUGAAGACGUACUGAGGCAAAAGGUCAUGGCUGGACAAGCCAGCGAGACUGGAUAAUAUUUCAACCAUAGCACAAAGCCAAGUCAAUCAUCUUGUCGUGAGUUCCACACCCAACGCGCCUCCUCGAUAUCAUGUGGGUUUUCCCGGUGGGCCUCUUCUGUGAAUAAGUUCUCACCAUCGGAGAAGACCCGAGAGGACCUCGGAAGAAGUCUCUCAGCUUGCCCUCGGCCGUGUUCUGUUGAGUUUCAGGAAGCACGGGUCAAAUAUUCAGGGCACUGGGACUUACCGUAUGCGUGUCUUCCAUGGUUUCUCGGAGCUUGAUUCAGCUGUCCGCGUAGAGAUGCACGACAUCUUGAUUGCGAAUCAACCAGGGCGCGGCUAUAAUUCUAGCUAUGAGAUUCGAUCACCUGAAUAAUGUAAAGUGUAGCCUUGUAAGCAUAUCCUCUGGCCGUACGUAGGAUUGCUUGCUCGAUGCUUCCAAGAGUUGGGUUUCUGCUGAAGACGCCGGGGUCAUCAGUGCGAAACCGCGGUAAGACCGGUCCAUUGGCUAUGAGCUCACUGCCUAGGCAUGUGAUGAUAUUCGGUAAAUCUGGGUGAUAAGCCAGGGCUUAGGGUGACCAAGGACGCAUGGAGCUGCUAACCAAUCGCUCUACGUGGAAAAUCGGCUCUGCAGGUGGAUUCUAAGCACUGGGGUUGUUUAGCUGUCCAAGCAUGAGAUGAUGACACUCGUCCCGAGGAUGUAGGGAGCUUUGGAU